CUCGGGGUCCAAGGCUGAGGGAGCGGAGCGGAAGUGAGCCGGUUUCGCCCCCUCCCCCCCAGUCUUCGUUGUAGCCGCCUCUGCAGCCACUACCGCUGCUCGCUUUCGGGCGAGCCGGAGUCUCUGUACCGUGCCCUCGGUCCCCGGCCGCGUGGAGCCGGGAUGCACUGCUCCUGCUGUGGGUCCUCAUCAUGGAGACCAAACGGGUGGAGAUUCCCGGCAGCGUCCUGGACGAUCUCUGCAGCCGAUUUAUACUACAUAUUCCCAGCGAGGAAAGAGACAAUGCAAUCAGAGUGUGUUUUCAGAUUGAACUUGCCCAUUGGUUUUACUUGGAUUUCUACAUGCAGAACACACCAGGAUUACCUCAGUGUGGGAUAAGAGACUUUGCUAAAGCUGUUUUCAGUCAUUGUCCCUUUUUGCUGCCUCAAGGUGAAGAUGUAGAAAAAGUUUUGGAUGAAUGGAAGGAAUAUAAAAUGGGAGUGCCAACAUAUGGUGCAAUUAUUCUUGAUGAGACACUUGAAAAUGUGCUACUGGUUCAGGGAUACCUAGCAAAAUCGGGCUGGGGAUUUCCAAAAGGAAAAGUAAAUAAAGAAGAAGCUCCUCAUGAUUGUGCUGCUAGAGAGGUCUUUGAAGAAACUGGUUUUGAUAUCAAAGACUAUAUUUGUAAGGAUGAUUACAUUGAACUUCGAAUCAAUGACCAGCUUGCUCGUUUGUAUAUCAUUCCAGGAAUUCCAAAAGAUACAAAAUUUAACCCGAAAACUAGAAGAGAAAUUCGGAACAUUGAGUGGUUCUCCAUUGAGAAAUUGCCCUGCCAUAGAAAUGAUAUGACCCCCAAAUCCAAACUUGGUUUGGCACCUAACAAAUUUUUUAUGGCCAUUCCAUUCAUCAGACCACUGAGAGACUGGCUUUCUCGAAGAUUUGGAGAUUCCUCAGACAGUGACAAUGGAUUUUCUUCAACUAGUAGCACACCAGCUAAACCCACUGUGGAAAAAUUAAGUCGAACCAAAUUCCGCCACAGCCAGCAGUUAUUUCCAGAAGGCUCUCCUGGUGACCAGUGGGUAAAGCACAGACAGCCAUUACAGCAAAAGCCAUACAAUAACCAUUCUGAAAUGUCUGACUUUUUAAAAGCAAAGAAUCCAAAUAUAAGGGGAAAUGGCAGAAAACAGUAUCAAGAUUCUCCUAAUCAGAAGAAAAGAACAAAUGGAGUCCACACUCAGCCAUCAAAGCAGCAGAAUCCCUUGAUGAAAUGUGAAAAAAAACUUCAUCCACGAAAACUUCAGGAUAAUUUUGAAACAGAUGCUGUAUAUGACUUACCUUGCUCUGGUGAAGACCAUUUGCUAGAACAUGCUGAGGGACAGUCUGUGGCAUGUAAUGGACAUUGCAAAUUCCCAUUUUCAUCCAGAACUUUUUUGAGUUUUAAGUUUGAUCAGAAUGCCAUAAUGAAAAUCCUGGAUCUUUGAUGGAAGCGUGUGGCAUAUGGAAGUACCAAGAUCAGAAACCUGUUGCAUUUAAAUGUGUGUCUCUUCAAGCCUUACCUUUCUCAGGUGUUUUAAGGAAAUGCAGGGAGGCAGUUAUGUUUCUGAAGAGAUUGUUCUUUGUGUAGGGGAGAAAGUGGCAAGAAACAUAAGUUUGCACUGUAAAUGUAGUUAAAACCUUUUAUACAGAUGUACCUUUUCAGUGUUUGGCUAGCUAGUUUAAGUUACCUUUAUUUUUUUAGGGCAUUCUUUCUGUGUAUCUGUGGGGUUUAUUUUAUAUUCUGGUCAAGAGAAAUGUUUGAAUCAUUAUGGAGCCAAGUGAAUGGGUAAUGCUCCAUCUACUCAUUAUUAGUGAUUG